AUGGCGUGCGCGGUGGAGCGCGCGCGCGGGACGCGCGAUGGGUCGACGACGAACGAGAAGUACGCGCUCACGGGACGGGUCGAUCACGGACAGUACUAUCAACUGUAUUAUAAUCGGUUGAUGGCGCUGAAACCGCGCGCGGUGGCGAGCGCGCGGGCGCGAUGGCCGAACGCGCCGGUUCGAGGCGUGUUGGAGUUGAAGGAACACGAGCCGUGCGUCGUCGUGGGCACGGUGUACAAGGAGAUGAAGGAUAAACCGAUCAUUUUGGAUGAGUACGUGAAGGAUUUUGAGCGAGAAGUGUACGAGGCGAAGCGAAUCGAGCGCGGGAAUUACUGUCGAGAAGACGAUCGGUUGGAAUUCGAGGACGAGGGCGCGCGCGUGCGCGUGCUCGGCGUCGACGCCGGAAGAUUCGUCACGGGCGUCGUGUGUGCGUUCAAGGGGCGAGCGACGUCGAAGGGAGAGUUUGAGGUUGAAGACGCGGCCGUGUUCGCCCCCGCGCGCGGGGGGGAGGAUGCGGUGACCACCGCGGACGGAGACGCCAAGUACGUGUGCUUAGUUUCGGGACUUGAACUCGGCGGUCGCGGAUCCUCGGCGGAGAACUUGGCGCGGAAUCAGAUGUUCGUCGAUUACGUCACCGGGGCUUCAGUGAUGGAUAGCGAUGCGGCGAGCGAUUGCGACGCGGCACAUAUUUGCCAAGUCGUCGUCGCCGGGGGGACGCUCAACGUGAACGCGCCGAGUUUGGACGACUCCACCGCAUCCGCGGCGGCGUCCGCGGCGGCGGUCAAGGAGCUCGAUCUGAUGUUCACUGAGAUCGCCAGCGCGGUCCCGGUCGACGUGAUGAGCGGAAAGUCAGACCCGACGAAUAAGGCUAUGCCGCAGCAGCCUCUCCACCCGGUGUACUUUACUGAGGCGACGCGGUUCGAGAAGACGAUGCGCCUGGCGACGAACCCGCACGAGUUCUCCGUGGACAAUAUCUCGUUCCUGGGAACGUCUGGACAAAACGUCGAUGACGUGUUGACAUUCAGCACCAUCGGCGCCGACGAUGUCUCGAGCUCGUUCUCGGGCGAUGAUGCCGCGAAACCCGCCGUCGCGGCGCUUUCGCAGACGCUCCGUUGGCAACACGUCGCUCCGAGCGCCCCGGACACGCUCGCGUGCUAUCCCUUCAAGGAUCGUGACCCGUUCGUGAUCGAUACCAUCCCACGUGUAUACUUCGCCGGGUGUCAAGAGGCGUUCGGUGCCGAUCGCGUCGCUCAUGAGCGCGGCGAAACGCUCGUCGUCUCCGUGCCGAGAUUUUCCACCACUGGUUGCGUCGUCUUGAUCGACGUCCGUACGCUCGAGUGUCGCGUCACCCGUCUCGCGUGA